AAAUUAAUUUUAGAGUGUACAAUUUAAUGAAAACAAAACGUUUUUAUCUAGUUGAUGGUUUGUGAUAGUUUGACUAAAAAUCCGUUUUUUUUUUUUCUAAAAAGCCAACUGUGAAAUAACGAAGAAGGUUAAAGAACAGCUCAAACAUGAGUCGCCGGAAGCAGGAAAGUUCUUCGUCGGAGGACAGCAGUCCGGACAGUGAGGAGGAGGAGCGCCGCCGGGACAUCAAAGAGCGCGACGAGUUUGCCCAGCGGUUGAAGAAGAAGGACGAAGGUCGCACCCGGAAUGUUGUGGAAUCGCAGGGCCGGAAGGCCUACGAGGAGGCGGCCAAACGGCUGAAGCUGGAAGCCGACGAUCGGGACAAGUUGCUGCCCCAGCUGAGGAAGCAAUCUCGCCGGCAGUACCUGGAGAAGCGAAAGGACGACAAGGUGGCUGAGCUGGAGGCGGACAUCCAGGACGAUGAGUAUUUGUUUGACGAUUCGGCGAUCACGCAGCGCGAGCGGGAAGACCGCGAGCACAAGAAGAACCUGCUUCGGAUUGCGAAGGAACAUGAGAAGGCACGAGAGCUGGAGCGAAUCCAGCGGUAUCACAUGCCCAAGGACAUUAAGAAGGGCGACAAGGAGGAGUACGUUGAGGUGGAUGAGCGGGAAAAGAUGCCCAACUCGGAGCAGAAGAAAUGGGAAGCGGAACAGCUUGCGUCCGCGUCGUACAAGUUCGGAUCGAAGGAUGCCCGGGCCAAGCAGGAUGAGUACGAACUGCUGCUGGACGAUACGAUCGAUUUCGUGCAAGCGUUCCGGAUGGACGGCAGCAAGGAGAAGGACAAAAAGGCACCGGUCACGGAGGCUCAGAAGAUGAAGAUGGACAUUGAGGAAACGAAAAAGUCACUUCCGGUUUAUCCUUUCAAAGAGGACCUCAUUGCGGCCAUCAAGGAACAUCAGGUGCUGAUCAUUGAGGGUGAAACGGGUUCGGGCAAAACUACCCAGAUCCCACAGUAUCUGUACGAGGCAGGAUUCACCAACGACGGCAAAAAGAUCGGUUGCACCCAGCCUCGUCGAGUCGCGGCCAUGUCCGUGGCGGCUCGCGUGGCGCAGGAAAUGUCCGUUAAGCUGGGCAACGAGGUGGGCUACAGCAUUCGUUUCGAGGAUUGCACCUCGGAGCGAACGGUCAUCAAGUACAUGACGGACGGAACGUUGCAUCGGGAGUUUCUGUCGGAGCCGGACUUGGGUUCGUACAGUGUGAUGAUCAUCGAUGAGGCCCACGAGCGGACACUGCACACGGAUAUUCUGUUCGGACUGGUGAAGGAUAUUGCCCGGUUUCGGUUGGAUUUGAAGUUGCUGAUUUCGAGCGCCACGCUGGACGCGGACAAGUUUUCGGCGUUUUUCGAUGACGCGCCGAUUUUUAGGAUUCCUGGAAGGCGGUUUCCGGUCGACAUUUACUACACCAAGGCACCGGAAGCGGAUUACAUCGAUGCUUGUGUGGUUUCGGUCCUGCAGAUUCAUGCAACGCAGCCGCUUGGAGAUGUUCUGGUUUUCCUCACUGGUCAGGAAGAGAUCGAAGCCUGUCAGGAGAUGCUGCAGGACCGCGUCAAGCGGCUCGGAUCCAAGCUCAAAGAGCUCAUCAUCUUGCCCAUCUACGCCAACCUGCCGUCGGACAUGCAGGCCAAAAUCUUCGAACCGACUCCGCCGAACGCCCGCAAGGUCGUGUUGGCCACCAACAUUGCGGAAACUUCGCUGACCAUCGACAACAUCAUCUACGUGAUUGAUCCGGGCUUCGCGAAACAGAACAACUUCAACUCGCGCACCGGCAUGGAAACGCUGAUGGUGGUUCCGAUCUCGAAGGCUUCGGCAAACCAGCGCGCCGGUCGGGCGGGUCGUGUUGCGCCGGGCAAGUGCUUCCGGCUGUAUACGGCGUGGGCUUACAAGCACGAGCUGGAGGAUAACACGGUGCCGGAGAUUCAGCGAAUAAACCUGGGCAACGCCGUGCUGAUGUUGAAGGCGCUCGGAAUCAACGAUUUGUUGCAUUUUGACUUUUUGGAUCCGCCGCCGCACGAGACGUUGGUGCUGGCGCUUGAACAACUGUAUGCACUGGGUGCGUUAAAUCACCACGGAGAACUGACCAAGUUGGGUCGACGGAUGGCUGAAUUUCCCGUGGAUCCGAUGAUGGCAAAAAUGUUGCUCGCCAGUGAAAAGUACAAAUGUUCCGAGGAGAUCGUCUCCAUCGGAGCGAUGCUUUCGGUGAACGGAGCGAUCUUCUACCGGCCAAAGGACAAAAUCAUUCACGCCGACACCGCUAGGAAGAACUUCAACCACCCGAACGGGGAUCACCUCAGCUUGAUGCAGGUCUACAACCAGUGGGUCGAAGCGGAUCACAGUACGCAGUGGUGCUACGAGAACUACAUCCAGUUCCGGUCGAUGAAGCGUGCCCGCGAUGUGCGCGAACAGCUCGUCGGUCUGAUGCAGCGAGUCGAAAUCGAAAUGGUGUCCGGCCUGCCGGAAACGAUCAACAUCCGGAAGGCCAUCACGGCCGGCUACUUUUACCACAUCGCGCGACUCUCCAAAGGUGGUAACUACAAAACCGCCAAGCACAACCAGUCCGUCAUAAUCCACCCGAACUCCGCCCUCUUUGAGGAACUUCCCCGUUGGGUGCUGUACCACGAGCUGGUCUUCACGACCAAGGAGUACAUGCGGUCGGUGAUCGAAAUUGAGAGCAAGUGGCUGCUGGAGGCGGCUCCGCACUACUACAAGCCGAAGGAGCUGGAAGAUUCGACCAACAAGAAGAUGCCCAAAACCGUGGGACGGGCGGUGAUGACGGCGCACUAGAGAGGGAGGAUCCCGAGUGAAGGUGAGUGGCUUUUGCGUGAAUGAUUUGGGAAAUUGAAUAUUCGGGAGGUUACGGCGUUGUCAGUCGAAUCGAUUCAGGAAGGUUUGAAUAUACAUUUC